AUGGCGGCUCAGAAAUGCCAAUUUUAUAUGAAGCAAAAGAAGAGGAACUGCAAGUUUGACGCGAAGCCUGGAGAACUGUACUGCGGAAACCACCUGUUCGUCGGGGCUGGGCAGGGAGAGAUGCGGGUGCCGUGCCCUGUGGACUCCAGGCACACAAUUUUCGAAUCUGAGCUGGAUGCCCAUGUGAGGAAAUGCCCUGGCCGUAUUCAGAAAGAGGUGGCACAGGCAAGGCCAUUUUACAACGAAAACAUUCAUGCUGGAAGUGAAGACGAGCCUGAACUGCCCACAGUGGCACAGGGGGGAAUGUCCCAGAGACGACGCGCUUCAGCAAAGAUGCUUGGUCAGGCGACGUUGCUGGUGCUCAUAAAGAAGAUUGAGGUGGCAUACUGCACAUGGUGUAGUGGACAGAUCCCUGAGUCCAUUCUGCUUCCCAACAACUGUGAGCCUUUCUUGAAAGAAGACCAUGUGCGGCCAUUCAGUCUGAAACAUGCAGCACAACAGGCAUCCAUUAUUGGGAACAUGGAUCGACUUGGAAUGCUGCAAAACGCCGAGAGCAGCGUGGCUGUGGAGUUUGGUGCCGGGCGUGGCUAUCUGUCCAGCAUGCUGUCCGAUGUGACGCCGAUAAAGCAAUUCUGUCUAAUCGACUGUGGCAGUGUCAGAUUCAAGGCGGACAGGUCCAUGCGAAAAUCUACCGAUGUUGAUCUUCAAAGGCUUACCUGCAACAUAAGAGACCUUGACGUAUGCAGAAUUCCACAGCUUAGAGAAGAAAAUCGGCCCUGGGUGGCAUGCGGUAAACACCUCUGUGGGGCCGCCACUGAUUUCACUCUUAGGGCAUGCCAUGCUGCCAACGCGCAGAUGGGAGGCCAGCAGAUGGAUGAGAGGCGCACUGGUCAUGCUUCGAUCGACAGUGAUAAUCACGUCCACCAGAUGGAAGGAGCAUCGAAUUUGAGGGGCAUGGCCGUCGCCACAUGCUGCCACCACAGGUGCUCGUGGAGAUCGUACGUGGGCAAGGCCCUGUUCAAGGAGGCAGGAUUGCAGCCACACGAGUUUGCGCUCAUGAGCUGGAUGACAGGGUGGGCGCUCUGCGGCCACGGCUCGUCUGGAGCGCAUGGGGGAAGGGCAAGACCUGGUGCUACAUGCCCCCCAAAGGACAAUCAAGACCACAGCUGCAGAGAAGGUCAGGCAGAACAGGAGGGAGGGGAGGAAGGAGAUUCGAGAGCAGCGGCGCAGGGCGCAGGGUCUCAGUGCCAAGCCGAAGCUGGGGAGUUCCUGUCAAGAGAGGUCCGGAUGGAAGUAGGGCGGAAGUGCAAGCGGCUGAUCGACGAGGGGCGCUGCCACUGGCUGCGAGGGCGGGGCUAUCGAGUGGAGCUGGUGAAAUAUACUUCGCCCGCCAUGUCAGGGGAGAACGUUUUGAUCCUUUCCACACCUGCCUUGGCGUCUCCACAGUGA